AUGAAACUGAUGAAUUAUAAACCAUCACAACUACGUGCCUUGCUGAGCUUCUGCUCAAUAUUGCUGCUUUUGGACGUCGUUCGCGUUUAUGCAGAAGACCCUUAUAGAUUCUUUGACUGGAAAAUCACCUACGGGGACAUUUAUCCCCUCGGAGUUAAACAACAGGGCAUUCUUAUCAAUGGCCAAUUUCCAGGUCCCGAAAUCUAUUCUGUUACCAAUGACAAUUUGAUCAUAAAUGUACACAAUAACUUGCCCGAGCCGUUUCUUCUAUCAUGGAAUGGUAUUCAGCAAAGAAGAAAUUCUUAUGAAGAUGGAGUUUAUGGAACCACAUGCCCCAUUCCUCCAGGGAAGAACUUCACCUAUACACUACAAGUCAAAGAUCAAAUUGGAAGCUUCUUCUACUUCCCAUCUCUUGCAUUCCACAAGGCAGCUGGUGGAUUUGGGGGUAUCAAAAUCCUUAGCAGGCCAAGGAUUCCCGUUCCAUUCCCAGAACCAGCUGAUGAUUUCACCCUUCUUAUUGGAGAUUGGUACCAGAUCAAUCACAAGAAGCUGAGGACCAUUCUAGAUCUUGGACACAGACUUCCAUUCCCUCAAGCCGUUCUUGUCAAUGGUCGUGCAAACGGUACAACAUUCACAGUUGAACAAGGGAAAACAUAUAGGCUUAGAAUAUCAAAUGUUGGACUUCAAAACACUCUCAACUUGAGGAUUCAAGGACAUGACAUGAAAUUGGUCGAAGUUGAGGGAACUCACACUAUGCAGACUACCUUUUCCUCAAUAGAUGUUCAUGUGGGACAAUCUUAUUCCGUGCUUAUCACAGCUGAUCAAGCACCCCGGGACUACUACAUUGCUGUGUCCACUCGUUUCACUAACAAGAUCCUCACAAGCACUGCCAUCCUUCACUACAGUAACUCCCAGCAACCUGUUUCAGGCCCAAUUCCCGGUGGACCAACCACUCAAAUCGAUUGGUCCAUCAAGCAAGCUCGUUCAAUAAGGACAAACCUAACUGCAAGUGGACCGAGGCCAAAUCCACAGGGCUCCUACCACUAUGGUCUCAUAAACAUUAGCAGAACUAUCGAGCUGGAGAGUUCAGCAGCACAAGUUAAUGGCAAGCAGAGAUAUGCACUCAAUAGUGUAUCCUUCAUACCAGCUGAUACUCCUCUGAAGCUAGCUGAUUACUUCAAGAUUGGUGGCGUUUUCAAAGUUGGAAGCAUCCCAGAUAGCCCUUCUGGUAAACCUAUGUAUCUUGAUACGUCCGUCAUGGGUUCUGAUUUUCGAGCCUUCGUUGAGAUCGUGUUUCAGAACAAGGAAAACAUCAUGCAGAGCUAUCACAUUGACGGAUACUCAUUUUGGGUUGUGGGAAUGGACGGUGGCGUGUGGACCCCUAAUAGUCGUAACCAGUACAACCUCAGAGAUGCAGUGUCGAGGAGCACAACACAGGUAUAUCCCAAGUCAUGGACCGCAAUUUAUAUGGCACUAGACAAUGUGGGUAUGUGGAACGUGAGAAGUGAAUUUUGGGCACGACAGUACCUUGGAGAACAAUUCUAUCUACGAGUAUAUUCACCAGUUGAAUCCGUAAGGGAUGAAUAUCCAAUUCCAAAGGAUGCUAUCCUCUGUGGCAAAGCUGCAGGCAGAACAACCAGACCUUUAUGAGAAUCGAAUCUG